AUGCGAACUACAAAGAAAACAAUGCAAGGAAAGAAAAGCACACAACACAAGCUUCAUAAAAUAGAUCUAAUGCACUACAAAUAUAGAAAAGAUACUGGAGGCCUGGAUAUCUGUGCCAUUACAGUGGAAGAAAGAGCUAAGCAUGACCAGCAGUUUCUUAGCAUUAACCCAGUUGGUGGAGUGAUUACUGGUGAUCAGGCCCGAAAUUUCUUUCUUCAGUCGGGAUUGCCUCCACCUGUUCUUGCACAGAUAUGGGCUCUGGCUGACAUGAAUAAUGAUGGAAAGAUGGAUCAGGUGGAGUUUUCUAUAGCCAUGAAACUGAUCAAGCUAAAAUUACAAGGUCAUCAGCUUCCCACAUCACUGCCUCCUAUCAUGAAACAAGUACCAGUGGCUGUUCCAACACCAGGAUUUGGUAUAGCCAAUGUUUCAGCCUUGUCCUCCAUGGGCACAGUAGCACCUUUGUCAAUGGCACCAAUGCCAGUGGUAGGGAUGUCCCCCCCACUGGUAUCUUCUGUUCCUGCAGUUGGAGUUCCUGCACUAGCCAAUGGGGCACCUUCUAUGGUGCAGCCUCUGGCUGCCUUUGCUCAUCCGGGAGCCACAUUGCCAAAGAGUUCUUCCUUCAGUCGCUCAGUAUCAGCCAGUCAAGCAAAUGGAACAAAACUACAAAAGGCACAGUCAUUCGAUAUGGGAAAUAUAAAUUUGCCGUCCACAGCUGCUGCUGUAGAAUGGGCUGUUCCACAAUCAUCCAGAUUGAAAUACAGGCAGCUCUUCAACAGCCAUGAUAAAACAAUGAGUGGGCACUUAACAGGUCCACAAGCAAGAACCAUUUUGAUGCAAUCCAGUUUACCACAGGCUCAGUUAGCAUCUAUAUGGAACCUUUCUGAUAUAGAUCAAGAUGGAAAACUUACAGCAGAAGAAUUCAUUCUUGCUAUGCACUUAAUUGAUAUGGCCAUGUCUGGGCAACCGUUGCCUCCUGUCCUGACUCGAGAAUUGAUCCCACCUACGUUCAGAAGAGCCAGAUCUGGUAGUGGAAAAUCUACUGGAAGCUCAUUGUGUAUUGAUCAAAGGGUACCUGAAGAACCACAAGAGGAGGAAUCUGAAAAGAAGUUGCCUGUGACAUUUGAGGACAAGAAACGUGAGAAUUUUGAACGCGGGAACCUUGAACUUGAAAAACGACGUCAGAUUCUUCUGGAGCAACAGCGAAAAGAACAGGAGCGAUUUGCCCAGUUGGAACGAGCAGAGCAAGAACGGAAGGAGCGGGAGCGUCAAGAGCAAGAAAGGAAAAGACAGAUGGAGUUAGAAAAGCAGCUGGAGAAACAACGGGAGUUUGAACGACAAAGGGAAGACGAGAGAAGAAAGGAAAUAGAAAGACGAGAGGCAGCAAAGCGUGAACUAGAAAGGCAGCGCCAACUGGAAUGGGAGCGGAAUCGUCGACAGGAACUCUUGAACCAACGAAACAAAGAACAAGAAGAUAUUGUUGCUUUGAAAGCAAGGAAAAAGACCUUAGAAUUUGAACUUGAAGCCCUUAAUGAUAAGAAGAAUCAGUUGGAAGGCAAGCUUCAAGACAUCCGGUUUCGUGUCUCUACUCAGCGGCAUGAAAUUGAGCAUACAAAUCAGACAAGGGAAUUGCGAAUUUCAGAAAUUACACAUCUACAGCAGCAAUUGCAGGAAUUUCAACAGAUGCUCAGCCUACUGAUUCCAGAGAAACAAGCUCUCAAUGAUAAAUUGAAGCAGGUCCAACAGAACAACCUACAUAGAGACACUAUUCUUACUGUCAAAAAGUCUUUAGAAAACAAAGAGUUGACAAGACAACGCCUUCGUGAUCAACUUGAUGAAGUUGAGAAGGAAACCAGGGCAAAACUUCAGGAGAUAGAUGUCUUCAAUAAUCAGUUGAAGUCUGUGGCUGUGGACGAUGUAUUGCUGCAGUGCCUGGGCUUCCUGCUGUGCUGCGUGAACUACUUAGACUUCUUUUAA